AGAGAGAGAGAAAUUGAAAGUCAAGGAAAAGAAGUGAUGAACAUAGGUGAAGAAGAACAAGACAUCGUCAUCGUGGGCGGUGGCAUUUGUGGCUUGGCCACCGCACUUGCUCUUCACAGGAAAGGGAUAAGGAGCAUGGUGUUAGAGAGAUCGGAGUCGCUGCGAGCCGCCGGCGUUGGAAUCAUUAUGCAGCCGAACGGAUGGCGGGCACUUGAUCAGUUGGGCGUUGCCCCUAAGCUUCGACAGACUUGCACUGAAAUUCCGUCGGGAACAUUUAUAAAAGUUGAAGACGGCAAGUUUGGUGAAUCAGAAUUACCCCUUGGGAAAGGGGAAUUACGUUGUUUGAAGCGGAUGGAGCUUAUGUCGACACUAGCGGAGGCGUUGCCGGCGGAGAGUGUGCAUCUGGGAUGCCGAGUGGUUUCCAUCGUAACGGAUCCCGUUACUUCCGAUCCCGUUCUUCAACUUCACAACGGUACUCUUAUUAAAGCCAAGAUUGUAAUCGGAUGCGACGGUAUGAACUCCAUAAUCUCAAAAUUUGUAGGCGUAAAUCCCCCAAAGCUUUUCUCUCGAUGUGCGGCGAGAGGGUUCACCUAUUACGAACAUGGUCAUCCUUUUGGCGAUAAGUUUCGUGUACAUGACGCCUGUGGUGUUGCUUUGGGACAACUUCCUGUAACAGAUAAGCUUGCCUACUGGUUCUUGACUCGAUCCUUAACUUCUCAAGAUUUGAGCGAUUCAAAGAAGGAUCCAACAUAUAUAAAACAAGUCUCUGUCGAAGCAUUGAAGGGAUUCCCGGAGAAAGUGGUGGAAAUGGUGAAAAAUACAGAUCCAAAAGCCUUGUACCUGACUGAACUCCGGUACAGGGCGCCGUGGGACAUAGCGCGAGCCAAGUUCCGAAAAGGCACUGUGGUGGUGGCGGGGGACGCACUGCAUGCAAUGUGUCCUUUCAUCUCGCAAGGUGGUGGGGCGUCACUGGAAGACGCCGUGGUGCUGGCGAGAUGCUUGUCGGAGAAAUUAAAGCAAGCCGAUAAUGAAAGCGGAGAUGGAAGAAAAAAGUUGACGGAGGAAGCCAUGGAUCUCUAUGUUAAGGAGCGUAGGAUGAGGGUUUUCUGGCUUUCUUUGCAGACGUAUCUCAUUGGACUCACACUUGACAAUAUGUCGAAGAUGAAGAGAGUUUUGGGCAUUGCUGGUUUGAUUCUCAUGUUUGGAAACCAGAAAAGUCAUACUGAUUAUGACUGUGGCCGCCUGUGAUUUA